UUUUCAUGGUUUAGCAGCAGCGCCCCCUUGUGUCCGAAGACAGUAACUACUUCAACCGGAUUGGCCAUUCGGUUGUCAGGAGUGUUUACAGGAAACAUGGCUUCUCUGUCUGUAGGAGAGCUUCAAGAAAUGGAAGUGGACCGAAGGGGUGAGUCUGAGGAGUCUGGCGAUGAUGAUACCAGAAGAAAGAGCAUCAACGGUGACGUGGACCCAAAUCAGCCCACAGCCACAAUUAAAGAAGAGUCCCCUGUUGACAUGGACACUAUAACCCUGGACCCAGAGGAAGAGGAUGUUGAUCUUGUUCAUUGUCGUAUUGGAAAAAUUGAAGGACUGGAGGUUCUACAGAAGGCUAAAACACUAUCCUUAAGACAGAACCUCAUCAAAAAGAUUGAAAACCUUGAGAGCUUGAGCUCGCUGCGAGAACUAGAUCUCUAUGACAAUCAGAUCCGCAAACUAGAGAACCUCAGCCACCUCAAAGAAUUAGAAGUGCUUGAUGUUUCCUUUAACAUUUUGAGGAAAGUGGAGAAUAUGGAGGAGUUGACGAAGCUGAAAAAGCUUUUUGUGGUUCACAACAAAGUCACGGCCAUCUCCAACCUGGACCACCUUACAGAGCUGGAGAUGCUGGAGCUGGGCUCUAAUCGAAUUCGAGUCAUUGAAAACCUGGACGCUCUUUCGUCCUUGCAAAGCCUGUUUCUUGGAACCAAUAAAAUAACAAAGCUUCAGAAUCUGGACAGUUUACAUAACCUGACCGUUUUAAGCAUUCAGAGUAACCGGAUUACUAAAAUCGAGGGCCUACAGAACCUGGUCAACCUGAAGGAGCUCUAUCUGAGCCACAAUGGCAUUGAGGUCAUAGAAGGCCUGGAGAACAACAAAAAACUGACAACGCUGGAUGUUGCUGCCAAUCGAGUAAAGAAAAUUGAGAACAUCAGCCAUCUGACAGAGCUGCAGGAGUUCUGGAUGAACGACAAUCAGGUAGACAACUGGUCCGACCUGGACGAGCUGAAGAACGCCAAGUCCCUGGAAACGGUGUACCUGGAGCGGAACCCUCUACAGAAAGAUCCUCAGUACCGAAGAAAGAUCAUGCUGGCGCUGCCGAGCGUGCGCCAGAUCGACGCUACCUUUAUUCGCUUCUAAACUGCGGUGUACGGCCCACCUGCCUCCCACUCGGUGUUUCACCUCACCCCCCACCCCCCCCUGCCUGCCCCGCCCACUAAAACAGCUCCUCCAACAUAUCGGCCUCACUAUGUCCUAAAGUCACUCCAAAAAAAAAGGAUACACAUUCCAUCACUCAACAUACAUGGAUGCAUGUAUGUAUGCACUCAUUCAAACCUCAAUUAAAGCUGUUGUGUGCAAGCUCUUAUUUAUUAAGUUUUAACUGUGAAAAUGGGAAAGCUGCCCUCCACUCAUGUCCUCAUAUUUCCUCUGCACUUUGCUGUUGUUUUUUUUUUUUUUUUCUCUCCUUUUGUUUUAGUUUUAUUUGCAUAUUGGAUAAAGUUGAGCAUCCCAGAGCUCCUGUGGCCAUCAGGAAACUAAGAAGUCACUCUUACCAAGGUUCUCCCCAGAAAUUUAGAGUAUAGCGGAUGGGCUGUCAGAUUUUACCCGAAGCAGCGCUGUUCCAAGUACAAACAGGCCAUUCUGGCCCAUAUUCCAUCCUCUGGGGAGAACCCUGCUCACCAAACACAUCGAGGAAGUUGCACUGUUGUCAUAAUAGUGGAAAGGGGGGCAAAUGUUACUGUUUUAGGAAAGUUUUUUUUUUUUUUUUCUUUAUUUGUUUUUCCACAUUGAUGCUGUUUGCAGAACUCAACCUGAAGAAAAAGACCAAUUCAUGAUGAAACGUUUAAAGGGUAAUUGUAUGAAAAUUAAAAGGUAGAAUCGACAUAUUUGGUUUUCUGAAUUCUGCUCCAGCUCACUCGAGAAAUUUAUCUUGAAAGUUUUGAAAACCACACAAACUGCAGCCUUAAAGCAUCUGAUAAUUAAAAGCAGCCCAGGAAAAUGGCGCAGGCAAUCUCCUUAGGACCAGCAUCCUUUACUUGUGUGUCGUUUUAAGUGAGCUCUUAUUGUCACAAAGGGAAAUCUGUGGGUUUAUGUUAGCCUCGUCUGUUACUUCAAAUUAUUUUACCACUUAGAUUUAAAAGCUGAGUAACAGUAAUGACUUCUGCAGGAAAGUAAAACUCAUGAGAAUGUAAGGAACUACCCAUACUGAUGUUAUCAGUGGUACUUUACCACUUUAUUUAUUUUUUUUUUCAUUAGGCAUUUAAACCAGUAAACUCUCUGAUUCCAACCUUUUGGUCUCUUUUACUUUCAGCAGGUGGUUCAUUCACUGUACUUAGGCACCUAACAAUAACACGUAGAUUGUAUCAGAAUUAUAUGUAUAUUCUAAUGGCUGGACUUAUCUCACAAUGUGUUUACAAAUGCAACCUAAACUCAGUGUUGGCACAAAGACAAUUAAAUACAUUAGGAUAGGAGUACUCCACCAUUAAGCUUUUGACACGUAGGAUGGCUUAAAAUUCAUAAAUAUCGACAGUCCAUAGUUGCUUAGAGGCCCGCCGCAAAUCUAUUCAAAAUUAUCUGGCAAGUUUCUUGUUUCUAAGUCUUGGGUGCUCGUGGAAAACUCGCUGGUCCAAAUGAGUAUAGUGAUGAAUCUUUGAUGUAAAAGGACGCCACACCUCAGGGAUAGAAGCUCGCAGAAUAACUCGUCAGAAAACAAAUAAAUACUACGGCAAGUGCUAAACGUAAGUGCACUUUAGUUUUCUUGUCAUCUAACCGCUUUCUGUCAGUGGCCUUUUAAUGGAUAAAUUGGCCCAAAUUAUCACCUUUUUAUAGGCAUAAACAUGGCAAAAUAAAAUUAAAAGUUUAUACCAUAGAGUAGGUCAUUUAGGUGGUUACUCAUUUUCAAAGGAAGCAACUUGUUACCUUUUUAAAAGCCUAAUUUUGAUAAUUAGAGAUAUACAAUUAGUUUCAGGAGCCAACUAUGAGCCUGUAUAACAGCUAUGGACCCACGUAAGACUAUCGACAAGAACAUUCUGCAUAACUAAUAUGAAUGUAAAUCUAUAUUCAGUUAAAUUAACUGAAGAAAAAGUGAACUGAAUUGGACGUGCCACGAUGUGAGUUUGUAAAUACUGGACAUGUCAUGAUGUAGGUGGCCUGUGCCGCCGCCGCCGCCACCACCUUCCCCUUUGUAAAGUGAUGUUUUACCGUGUUGUUUGUGUCAGGCAGCACAACGGAUUUGUGUGAGACUCAGAGUAAAGGAACAGAACAAAACCUCGGCGGCCAUGUUGGAGCAUUGAAACCAACUGCUUUCAGCUCCUUGUUGUCAGAACUGAGUCCUCAGGUUCGAGACUUAGUUGAUGCUCUUUGCAAAAUGAAUGUAAUAUGCAAAUAACAAUAAAGCGACACUACUUAAGAAGAAAA